AUGGGUAAGGGAAAGCCUCGUGGUCUUAACGCCGCUCGCAAGCUCGAUGCGCACCGCAAGGAGCAGCGCUGGGCCGAUCUCCACUACAAGAAGCGUCUCCUCGGAACCGCCUUCAAGUCCUCUCCCUUCGGUGGUGCUUCCCACGCCAAGGGUAUCGUCCUCGAGAAGGUCGGUGUUGAGGCCAAGCAGCCCAACUCCGCCAUCCGCAAGUGUGUCAAGGUCCAGUUGAUCAAGAACGGCAAGAAGGUCGCUGCUUUCGUCCCCAAUGACGGUUGCUUGAACUUCAUCGAUGAGAACGACGAAGUUCUCCUCGCUGGUUUCGGUCGUAAGGGCAAGGCCAAGGGUGAUAUCCCCGGUGUCCGCUUCAAGGUCGUCAAGGUCUCUGGUGUCGGUCUCCUUGCUUUGUGGAAGGAGAAGAAGGAGAAGCCCCGCUCUUAA